AUGGCACCCCCGGGCCAUGGAGUGCAGGCAGGAGAACAGGACGUGGAGCUCAGGGAUCCCCUGCCCCAGGAAGAGGAUGGGGAGCCCGAGUGGCCCGGCCCCCCAUUCCCCUUCCUACAGGAAGACACGGCUGUGGCCCUGCAGCGGCUGGUGGAGCUCACGGCCCCCCGAGUGGUCAACCUGAGGACCCUGAGCGCCCAGUACCGCCUCGUCCGCAAGCUCGGCUCAGGCUCCUACGGCCGCGUGCUCCUGGCCCGGCCUCGAGCAGGGGGCCCGGCCGUGGCCCUGAAGCUCCUGAGGCGUGACCGAGUCGUGAGAAGCACCUUUCUGAGAGAAUUCUGUGUGGGCCGCUGCGUUUCCUCACACCCAGGCUUGCUGCGGACGCUGGCGGGGCCCCUGCAGACACCCCAAUACUUUGCAUUCACCCAGGAAUACGCACCGUGUGGGGACCUCAGUGGAAUGCUGCAGGAAAGGGGCCUCCCCGAACCCCUGCUCAAGCGGGUGGCGGCGCAGCUGGCCGCGGCCCUGGACUUCCUGCACGGCCGGGGCCUGGUCCACGCCGAUGUCAAGCCGGACAACGUGCUGGUCUUCGACGCCUGCUGUAGCCGCGUGGCCCUGGGUGACCUGGGCCUGACCCGGCCCGAGGGCAGUGCCACCCCUGCACCCCCGGGACCCCUGCCCUCUGCGCCCCCCGAGCUCUGCCUGCUGCUGCCCCCUGACACCCUGCCCCUGAGGCCCGCCCUGGACUCGUGGGGCCUCGGGGUGCUCCUGUUCUGCGCUGCCACCGCCGCCUUCCCCUGGGAUGUGGCCAUGGCCCCCGACCCCCAGUUCGAAGCCUUCGCGGAGUGGGUGACGGCCCAUCCCAGGCCCCCAAAGCCCCCGGCCCCUUGGGACCAGUUCUCACCCGCCGCCCUGACUUUGCUCCGGGGGCUCCUAGAACUAGACCCCGGGGAGAGGAGACCCCCACUGGCCAUCCUGGAGUUCCUGGGAGACAGCUGGGGGCUGGACGGGGACGGAGGGGAAACCGGGGUCAUGGCGGGAGGGGAUGGAGGGGACGGGGAGGAGGAGGGAGGGGAGGAGGAAGACUCCAGCUUAGAGGAGUGGACGGAUGAGGAAGAGGAGGACAGAGGUGAGGGGCGAAUGGGACCAGAAGGGGGAACACUCUGA